CCCUAGCAGAAACAGUAGAGCAAGUGAGUCAUAAGGAUCACAAAUUCACAAUCAGAACGGGGAUUCUCGCCAGUCGGAACUAAUUUAAAUAUCAAGGGCACCCCAGUAGUGGAAUUUGGAAUACAGAACAUUGGACAUAGGAAACAUUUACGGAUAUAACAAAGAAUUAAGCGAGGUUUUUACAAGAAAUGUAUAAUAUGCCUACUAGCUCAGACAGCGAUUCAAAGUACACCGUAGCAGAUAUACUGUCUUCCAUGGCUAAGGGGGAACCCGUUACUCCAACAUUUUCUGGAGUACACAUCCCCUCGUUCAGCACUGUGAUUUCUACCCCGACUUCCAUAUUGACUCCAACUACUAUAGCCAGCCUGGAGCAGACAUUUUUGGAUUUAUCUAUGCCGGCAGUCAGCACCGGAAUGACACAGAGUGGAUUUGUACCACCGGUUGUGGACCCAAGCUGUUCCAAUUCUAGAUACAGCUAUGAACCUGAUGAAGACAGUAUGAGCUCAACGAGCACAGACCCAGACUGGAUGCCCACACACGGACCUAAAAGAAGCCGUAACAGUGAAGGAAAAACUGGAGUGAAUUACUCUGAGCUUGCCAAGAAAUACCCAAGCACCAGAAGGCGGAAUCUCAAGAACGAACAGGUACCUCCCGAGGAGGAAGAGAGGAGGCGAUUGAGGAGAGAAAGAAACAAAAUUGCUGCUGCUAAAUGCCGUCAAAGACGGGUGGACGUUACGAACACUUUGUUAACGGAAACUGACGGUUUGGAGGAUCAAAAAGCAUCCCUUGAACAAGAGAUCCAAAGUCUACAGCAACAGAAGGAACAGCUUGAGUUCCUCCUCCAAGCACACAAACCCGUAUGCAAGCACGACAUUAAAGCGCCCAAACAGCAGGAGAGAAAGAGCAUCAUUGUGAAAGCAGAGCCAAGCAGCACAGUGUCUUCCUGUCAGGGGAGCAAAGGUGCUACCUCUCGCCCAAACUCCCUUCCUCUCGCCGAGUCUAGAACUGCAGUGACGGCAGCCACUGGGGUGUCGAUAUCAACCCCUUCCAAUGGAAUCUUCACAUUCGGCUUUGACACCAUGGUUGACGGCCAUACAGGUCUGACUCCAGUCACGGGACCAAGCUGUGCAAGCCAAGUCCAGAGAGGAUCCAGUGACAGCAGUCCCGACACGCUGAACUCGCCAACUUUAAUAUCUUUGUGAGGGACAACUCAUGACUUGGUGACUUCUUGUGUAUUCAAAUACUAUGCUGAAUAUUGACUUUUGAUAUGCCAUAGUAAGACUCAAUGUUGUAUUUAUAAAUGUUUAAAAAGUGGAUUUCAUUUUUAUAUGCAAAGACAAGGACACCGGGAUUAUCGGAUAUGUGAACAUUUUAUAUGGAAUGGGUUCACCGUAAUGCGAAUGCACAAAAUUAUUGGUGUUCAUGCCUUCUUUUUUUAUACUUUUUUAAACAUAUAUUCAUGCUAGUG